AUGGAGAUUGCACGCACCUCCAUGAUCCACGCCCGUGCGCCCCAUUUUCUGUGGCCCUACGCGGUUCGGCUCGUGUUCGCCGUGCCCGUGAGGAGCAGCUGGAGUUGGAGCGAGAGGAGAGAGAGUUGGAGCGGCAGCAGCUGGAGCUACAGCGGCUGCAGCAGCAGCAGCAGCAGCAGCAGCGCAGCAGCAGCAGCAGCAGCAGCAGCAGCAGCAGCAGCAGCAGCAGCAGCAGCAGCAGCAGCAGCAGCAGCAGCAGCAGCAGCAGCAGCAGCAGCAGCAGCAGCAGCAGCAGCAGCAGCAGCAGCAGCAGCAGCAGCAGCAGCAGCAGCAGCAGCAGCAGCAGCAGCAGCAGCAGCAGCAGCAGCAGCAGCAGCAGCAGCAGCAGCAGCAGCAGCAGCAGCAGCAGCAGCAGCAGCAGCAGCAGCAGCAGCAGCAGCAGCAGCAGCAGCAGCAGCAGCAGCAGCAGCAGCAGCAGCAGCAGCAGCAGCAGCAGCAGCAGCAGCAGCAGCAGCAGCAGCAGCAGCAGCAGCAGCAGCAGCAGCAGCAGCAGCAGCAGCAGCAGCAGCAGCAGCAGCAGCAGCAGCAGCAGCAGCAGCAGCAGCAGCAGCAGCAGCAGCAGCAGCAGCAGCAGCAGCAGCAGCAGCAGCAGCAGCAGCAGCAGCAGCAGCAGCAGCAGCAGCAGCAGCAGCAGCAGCAGCAGCAGCAGCAGCAGCAGCAGCAGCAGCAGCAGCAGCAGCAGCAGCAGCAGCAGCAGCAGCAGCAGCAGCAGCAGCAGCAGCAGCAGCAGCAGCAGCAGCAGCAGCAGCAGCAGCAGCAGCAGCAGCAGCAGCAGCAGCAGCAGCAGCAGCAGCAGCAGCAGCAGCAGCAGCAGCAGCAGCAGCAGCAGCAGCAGCAGCAGCAGCAGCAGCAGCAGCAGCAGCAGCAGCAGCAGCAGCAGCAGCAGCAGCAGCAGCAGCAGCAGCAGCAGCAGCAGCAGCAGCAGCAGCAGCAGCAGCAGCAGCAGCAGCAGCAGCAGCAGCAGCAGCAGCAGCAGCAGCAGCAGCAGCAGCAGCAGCAGCAGCAGCAGCAGCAGCAGCAGCAGCAGCAGCAGCAGCAGCAGCAGCAGCAGCAGCAGCAGCAGCAGCAGCAGCAGCAGCAGCAGCAGCAGCAGCAGCAGCAGCAGCAGCAGCAGCAGCAGCAGCAGCAGCAGCAGCAGCAGCAGCAGCAGCAGCAGCAGCAGCAGCAGCAGCAGCAGCAGCAGCAGCAGCAGCAGCAGCAGCAGCAGCAGCAGCAGCAGCAGCAGCAGCAGCAGCAGCAGCAGCAGCAGCAGCAGCAGCAGCAGCAGCAGCAGCAGCAGCAGCAGCAGCAGCAGCAGCAGCAGCAGCAGCAGCAGCAGCAGCAGCAGCAGCAGCAGCAGCAGCAGCAGCAGCAGCAGCAGCAGCAGCAGCAGCAGCAGCAGCAGCAGCAGCAGCAGCAGCAGCAGCAGCAGCAGCAGCAGCAGCAGCAGCAGCAGCAGCAGCAGCAGCAGCAGCAGCAGCAGCAGCAGCAGCAGCAGCAGCAGCAGCAGCAGCAGCAGCAGCAGCAGCAGCAGCAGCAGCAGCAGCAGCAGCAGCAGCAGCAGCAGCAGCAGCAGCAGCAGCAGCAGCAGCAGCAGCAGCAGCAGCAGCAGCAGCAGCAGCAGCAGCAGCAGCAGCAGCAGCAGCAGCAGCAGCAGCAGCAGCAGCAGCAGCAGCAGCAGCAGCAGCAGCAGCAGCAGCAGCAGCAGCAGCAGCAGCAGCAGCAGCAGCAGCAGCAGCAGCAGCAGCAGCAGCAGCAGCAGCAGCAGCAGCAGCAGCAGCAGCAGCAGCAGCAGCAGCAGCAGCAGCAGCAGCAGCAGCAGCAGCAGCAGCAGCAGCAGCAGCAGCAGCAGCAGCAGCAGCAGCAGCAGCAGCAGCAGCAGCAGCAGCAGCAGCAGCAGCAGCAGCAGCAGCAGCAGCAGCAGCAGCAGCAGCAGCAGCAGCAGCAGCAGCAGCAGCAGCAGCAGCAGCAGCAGCAGCAGCAGCAGCAGCAGCAGCAGCAGCAGCAGCAGCAGCAGCAGCAGCAGCAGCAGCAGCAGCAGCAGCAGCAGCAGCAGCAGCAGCAGCAGCAGCAGCAGCAGCAGCAGCAGCAGCAGCAGCAGCAGCAGCAGCAGCAGCAGCAGCAGCAGCAGCAGCAGCAGCAGCAGCAGCAGCAGCAGCAGCAGCAGCAGCAGCAGCAGCAGCAGCAGCAGCAGCAGCAGCAGCAGCAGCAGCAGCAGCAGCAGCAGCAGCAGCAGCAGCAGCAGCAGCAGCAGCAGCAGCAGCAGCAGCAGCAGCAGCAGCAGCAGCAGCAGCAGCAGCAGCAGCAGCAGCAGCAGCAGCAGCAGCAGCAGCAGCAGCAGCAGCAGCAGCAGCAGCAGCAGCAGCAGCAGCAGCAGCAGCAGCAGCAGCAGCAGCAGCAGCAGCAGCAGCAGCAGCAGCAGCAGCAGCAGCAGCAGCAGCAGCAGCAGCAGCAGCAGCAGCAGCAGCAGCAGCAGCAGCAGCAGCAGCAGCAGCAGCAGCAGCAGCAGCAGCAGCAGCAGCAGCAGCCGCCGCCUCCUCCUCCUGUCUCUGGUCUUCGGACCCUCGGUCUCCCCUCUCCCUCCUCCCCCUCUCCUCCCGUCUCUGGUCCUCCGCUUCCUCCUCCUGCACACCAUGUCCUCCACCCUAA